UAUUAUACUAGUACCUUUCAAUAUAAUAUGGCUUCUUCUUCUACCACCAAAGUUUCUAUGAAACUUCUUAUUGAUACAAAGAAUGAGAAAGUUCUUUUUGCCGAAGCUUCAAAACCUGCUAUAGACUUUCUCUUCAACUUGCUAUGCUUGCCUAUUGGUACUGUAGUUAAGCUUUUAGGCACAAAAGGAAUGGUUGGUAGUUUAGGAAAUCUGUAUCAGAGUGUUGAAAAUCUCAACGAGAAUUAUAUGCAGCCUUUUCAAACUAAGGAUGUUCUCUUAAACCCAAAAGCUCAAAGCUCUUCCACUGAAAUCUCUGGCUUCCUUACUCAGAACGAUGUCAAUGAGGAUGAUGAUGAAGAAACCAAGUUAUACAUGUGUCCAAAUAAGUGUAAGUUUGAGGUGACAAAUGAUAACACAACUAGAUGUAAUGGGCAUGUCCGCCACUGUCCUUUUGGGCAACCAAGCUAUUCUUCUUGCUCAAAUACUAUGAGCAGUGAAGUGUAUUAUAUUAGAAAUAAGGAGGUUGCUAAAAAGAGAACUUUUAUUCCCAAUGGUUUUGUGAAGGAUGUUAUGACUUUUAUGGUGAUGGACGAUUUGGUGAUUCAGCCAAUGUCAACAAUAUCAAGCAUCACACUGUUGAACAAGUUCAAUAUCAAAGAAAUUGGUGCUUUGCAAGAAAAGAACGUAGAAAUGGGAAUGGAUGAGGGAAUCAAGUUGCUUAAGGCAUCUCUGCAAUCCAAAAUGGUGUUGACAAGUGUUUUCCUCGAGAAAAAAAUAGAUUUGCAGGGAAUAGUGUGACGAGUUUUAAGCAUCUUCAAAGUGUUAAGAAGGAACAAUUUGUUUUGUUUUUCCUAGUACUUAAUAAUUUGCAUGCAAUGUUUUCUACUUGGGGAUCUGAAUGAAUGAUAAAGUCUACGAACUAUAUCGUCCUUAAACAA